AUGAAAGUCACGUCCCUCGACUGCCGGCAGCUGAGGAAGCUCCUGCGGAAGGAGCCCUCCCGCUGCCUGGUGCUGGACUGCCGGCCCUACCUGUCCUACUCGGCCUCCUGCCUCCGCGGCUCGCUCAACGUCAACCUCAACUCGGUGGUGAUGCGGCGGGCCCGCGGCGGGGCCGUGCCGCUCCACUUCGUGGUGCCCGACGCGGCGGCCCGCGCCCGGCUGCUGCCGGGGGGCGAGGGGGCGGCGGGGACCGCCCGCCUGGCAGCCGUGGUGGUGCUGGACCAGGGCACGGGGCACUGGCAGAAGCUGAAGAAGGACAGCACGGCCCAGAUCGUCCUCAACGCCCUGCUCUCCAGCCUGCCGGAGGCCGGGGCCAGGGUCUGCUUCCUGAAAGGGGGAUACGAAACUUUUAACUCGCAAUAUCCUGAGUGCUGCGUGGAUGGAAAACUCAUUUCCCCGGAGAGGACCGAGGCGGAGAGAAACCUCACCAGCCACUGUGAGAAGCAGAGUGCCAACCACAAACCCGCUUACGACCAGGGCGGUCCAGUCGAAAUCCUGCCUUUUCUCUACCUUGGUAGUGCCUACCACGCUUCCAAGUGUGAGUUUCUCGCCAACCUGCACAUCACAGCCCUGCUCAAUGUCUCCAGGAAAAGCUCAGAGUCCUUCAAAGACCAGUAUUGCUACAAGUGGAUCCCGGUGGAGGACAGUCACACAGCGGACAUCAGCUCACACUUCCAGGAAGCCAUCGACUUCAUUGAUUAUGUCAGACGAACGGGGGGCAAGAUCCUGGUGCACUGUGAAGCGGGGAUUUCACGCUCUCCCACCAUCUGCAUGGCGUAUCUCAUGAAGACAAAGAAGCUCCGUCUGGAGGAAGCCUUCGAUUAUAUCAAGCAGCGCCGGAGCCUGAUCUCGCCAAACUUUGGUUUCAUGGGCCAGUUGCUGCAAUAUGAGUCUGAGAUCUUGUCUUCCACUCCCAGCACCCCCGUCGCCUCAUGCAAAAGAGAAGCUGCAUCUUUCUUUGCAGAAGAACUGACGUUAGGCAAAAACUUUGAAGGCUCAUGUUUCGCCUUUCCUACCUCAGUGUUGAGUUCUGUGCCCAUCCACUCUCCCGUCCACCAACUGAAACUCAGCCCGAUGACGGCAUCUUCGUCCUGCUGAACACACCGGGGAGACCGGAGCUGGCGUGGUCCUCUGAUCUGGACUGUGACCCUAACAAGAACAUUUCAUGAACGUGCAAUAGAGAAACCUCAUUGACUUAGUCUGAGAUGGAGUAGUUGUCGUGGGUCAUACUUCCCGUAUGCUGUGACUGUAAGAUGCAAGUGCUCUAAGUGCAGCAGGUUUUCUGAACUUUUAUUGUCCUUUUUUUUAAAAAAAGAAAAAGUGCUUUUUUAGGUUUUUAUUCACAGAGUGUGCACCCACUACUGUAUUUCCAGAUUCUU